GCGCGCUUCAUCCGGCUUCCCACUCAAGAGUUUCACCGGGGCGACGCACGUCUUUCUCCACUGCGCCUGAAACGAUCGUAUUUCCACGAAAAUGGACGCGGGAUUUUUCCGCGGUACGAGUGCGGAGCAAGACAACCGUUUCAGCAAUAAGCACAAAAAAUUGCUGAAGCAGCUGAAAUUCGCAGAAUGUCUGGACAAGAAGGUGGACAUGACCAAAGUGAACCUAGAAGUCAAACCAUGGAUUACUCACGUUGUGACUGAGAUUCUGGGGUUUGAGGAUGAUGUGGUCAUAGAGUUCAUAUUCAACCAACUCGAAGAGAAGCACCCCGACAGCAAGAUGAUGCAGAUCAACCUGACGGGGUUCCUGAACGGGAAGAACGCCCGCGAGUUCAUGAGGGACCUCUGGCCCCUGCUGUUGAGCGCGCAGGACAACAUCGCCGGCAUCCCCUCCGCCUUCCUGGAGCAAAAGAAAGAAGAAAUCCGACAGAGACAGAUUGAACAGGAGAAGCUGGCUUCCUUGAAAAAGGUCGACCAGGAUAAGAAGGACAAGGAAGCACAAGAAAGGACUCGAUCAAAGAGCCCAAGAAGGUAAAGGG